AUCAUUGGUAAGGGCGCUAAUGGUGCUGUGUUCACUGCUAACUGGGUUGUGUCCUCGUGUACCGGUACACAAAGGAACGAAACAUUAACGAAUGCGUCACAACUCCAUGUAUGGAUAUGAAAACAAUAGGAAUUCCCCCGUGUACCGGUACACCAGGACACCAGGACAGCCCCGCUAACUGGCAGACUGUUCCUGAUGCGGGUGGGAAAUCGGCCGCUGCGGAGAAUGUCGUCGUUAAGAAAUUGCUCGGUGAUGACAUAUUGGAUAAGAAAACGUUUGUAAAGGAAGCAAGAAUCAUUCAAGAGUUGAAACAUCCAAACAUUGUGAAGUUCAAGGGAAUCUGCAACAAUCCCUUCGCCCUUAUUCUCGAGUUCCCGCCCGCCGAGUGUAAAUAA